CCACCGGCUUCAUCUCGAUCCAGAUUCAUCCAGCUCGCCCAACUCGUCCAACCAAUCUUCGUCAACCGGCAUCCUGUAGCUACCAGCCAUGGCCGACAACAUCACCGUGAUCAUCUCCGUCGUUAUCCUCAUAUUCGUUAUCCGAUAUAUCUUUGGCGGGCCGUCUCGAAGAUCCAGCGAUGUGCCCCAGACUUAUCCGACUCAAGCCAACUCGGCCCCUCGAUACCGGGUAACUCCAGACAAGGUCGAAGCGGUCCUGUCCAUGUUCCCGCAUUUCCCCCGUCAGGUUGUCGAGGCUGACCUCGGACAAACUGGCAGCGUCGAGCGCACAAUAGAAAAUAUCCUGAGCAACCGUCUCGUUGCGCCCCCGCCGCCCGAACCCGUCGGCUCAUCCCCAAGCCCAACCAAGGCUUCCCUGGCCGAGAGUAUUGACUUUUCCAAGCCUGCUGUGGAGCCGCCGCGGGUGUGGGAGCAGACUCCCGAAGGACGGCAAGCGAACCUGCGCGCGCGGAAAGAGUUCAUGGUCCGACAGGCCCGAGCCAAGCUGCUGGAGAAGCAGCAGGCAAGCGAGGAACAAGCCUCGCCCAAGAGCGACUGAGCCUGAAUACUGUUUCACUCUGCGGAAUGGGCAACGGUGCCAGCAUGCAAAGGGCCGCACCUGAAUGCUGGUGAUUGGAGAGCAACUCUACGAUCAUGCGAGCAAUCCGCCGAUGGUCGGCUGCCAGGCAAACACCCAGUGACGCAGAAUAAAGUGUACACAUGUUGAAACGGGAUACUUCAACGGGAAGGCGGCUUGUAUAGAUUGAAUGGUGUUGAUCGGUCUGGCUGAAUGAAGUCGAUCGGCAUCCGAACCCCAAUAUAAUCCGUUCGCCGAGGUCACUUACUCCAUACAUCCCCAUGUUUACUCAGGACGCCGAGAGUGGUGAUUAUAGCCGGCUUGGUUACUCUGGAUCGAGUGCAAGACAUGAUCCGACGAUAUCGAGUUUGUCUGAAGGAGGCGGUAUCUCCCA